AUCGCCUCCCCGCCGCCUGUGCUUGCAGCAUGUGUGAUUGAAGAGGCUCCAGUGCCGCCUGCCUCUCCUCCCUGCCCAUCUCACUCACUCCAGGCUGGCAUCUGACAGGAGCGGCAGUGCCCGGGAGCGGGGGCCCCCCGUCUUGUAUCACCCCGUGUAGCAGACCCUGGAUGAUUACCGAGGAGACCCGCCGACACUUCUGCCGCCGCCGCUUCUUCUUCUUCAUGUUUUUUUGCCAUUGACUUGUUGUGACCUGGAUUAAGAAGAAGUGAGAAGCUGAGGAGGAGAGAGAUGCCCAGGAGGAAGCAGCAGGCACCAAAACGGGCAGCAGGUUAUUUACAAGAUGGAGAAGAGGAUUUGAAGGAUGACAGUGUCAAGGAUGAUGAGGAGGAGGAUAAUGACAGUAACUCCACUGCUCCACUCCAGGACAGUGCUUACUCGCCCACAGAUGAGGAACAAGAGGUAGUUGGAGACCUCAAGCGGAGUCUCAGUUUCCAGAAUUCCCCAGGAAGCCUCAUAUGCAAUCAAGAUGGGGAAAGUGAGUCCUUGUUGAGUGAUGUCAGUGAUCAGGUGACAGAUGUAAAAAGCGUAUCUUCUAAGGAUGCUCAGGACCAAAAAACAGACCCGCUCCCCCGGCUCCAGCCAGAGGCGCACGACUGUCCGGAUAAAAUGAAGACUGCCUAUACCAACAUCUUGUCUGAUUCUUACUGGACAAAUUUAGGACUAAGUCUUAAGGUGCCUCCUACUGAUCGGAAGCCUUGUGAAAGUCGUAAUGGAACUAGUAAAGGGGAAUUUGAUUGGCAUCAAGAUGCUCUGUCCAAAAGUUUACAGCAAAACUUACCCUCAAAAUCCGUUUCAAAACCAAACCUCUUCAGUUCUGUUCAGUUGUACCGUCAAAAUUCCAAAAUGUAUGGCACAGUUUUCACAGGAGCCAGCAGGUUCCGUUGCAGGCAGUGCAGUGGCGCCUACGACACCUUGGUGGAGCUAACUGUACAUAUGAAUGAGACAGGCCAUUAUCAAGAUGAUAACCACAAGAAAGACAAGCACAGACCUACAAAUUAUUCCAGGCCCCGAAAAAGGGCAUUUCAUGAUAUGGACAAGGAAGAUGCCCAGAAAGUUUUAAAGUGCAUGUUUUGUGGAGACUCGUUUGAUUCUCUCCAAGAUCUAAGUGUCCACAUGAUAAAAACAAAGCAUUACCAAAAAGUGCCUUUGAAGGAACCUAUCCCAAGCAUCUCAUCCAAAAUGGUUUCCUCUGCAAAAAAACGUGUAUUUGAAGUGACUCGACCAUGCUCCCCAGAUUCAACCACCGGUUCCUUUGUGGAUCACUGUUCCACACAGAAGAACUCAAACUCACAACUGUCUUCUAACAAUCGGUAUGGCUAUCAGAAUGGUGCUAGCUAUACUUGGCAGUUUGAAGCUUGUAAAUCUCAAAUUCUAAAGUGCAUGGAAUGUGGCAGUUCACACGACACCUUGCAGCAACUCACGACGCACAUGAUGGUCACUGGACAUUUCUUAAAAGUUACAAAUUCAGCCUCAAAGAAAGGCAAGCAGUUGGUCUUAGACCCUCUUGCAGUUGAAAAGAUGCAGUCACUUUCAGACUCACCCUCAAGUGACAGCCAGUCAAAGCCAUCAGCAAGUUCUCCAUCUGGAGGAUCAACCUCUGAAAUCCUGACAAGUAAAGAAUGUAAAAUGGAUGUGUCAGAAGAUAGUAGCAAGGAAGAAAAAAUGGAUACCAAUGAUGAACAUGAAGAUGUUCUAGAAAAGCCUUUAGAUCCAACACUCAAGUACCAGUAUCUAAGGGAAGAGGACUUGGAAGAUGGCUCAAAAGAAGGUGGAGAUAUCUUGAAAUCUUUGGAGAACACUGUAACCUCUGCUAUUAACAAAGCCCAAAAUGGAACACCAAGCUGGAGUGCCUACCCCAGCAUUCAUGCUGCAUACCAACUUUCAGAUGUCAUAAAACCUUCAGUUUCUCUUAGUUCUCAAGUAAUGCAGAUGAGACCAACCUUCUCAAAUAAAUUUAGGCCAAUUGCUCCCAAAUGCAAAUCUACAUCACUUUCCUCAAACAGCCCACUUGAUCCUCAGUCUACACAAGUGAAGGAGGAGUGUGAGGACACAGAGUCUGAAAGAGAAUUAUCAAAAGACAUCAUUAAGUCAGAGAGAACGCAAGCAGAUAAAAGUGAGGAUUCACCAAAAGCGGACAUCUUGUCAGAGUCAUCAAGUAAAGAACCGUGCUCCCCUAAACACGAAGAGAAAACUAAACAAAGCUGUGAAAACGAUAAACCCAAACUGCUGGAACCCACCCAGUCACCACUAGAACGAGAAGAAUGUUCCUCACUACGAAGUUCAGCAAAUCAUUCCCCUGAUAUUCCAUGUGUAAAUCCUCUCAGUGCUCUACAGUCUGUGCUAAAUAAUCACUUGGGAAAAGCAUCAGAAUCAAUAAGAUCGGCUUCCAAUUCAAGUUCCACAAGCUUAAUUUCCAUGUUUCAGAAGUCUGCAGCCAGUCGGGUAGAAAAACCAGCUGUAUGUCGGACACCACCGCAACAACAACAACCUGCUGGCCAUUAUUUAUUUGAAACCAUCGAUCAACCAAUAGAUCUAACUAAAUCUAAAAAUAAGAAAGUGGAGUCCUCCAAAGCUCAGUCAUGUACAUCUCCACCUCAGAAGCAUGCUCUGUCUGACAUAGCUGAUAUGGUCAAGAUUCUUCCUAAAGCUACCACUCCAAAGCAUGUUGCUUCUUCUAGAAUGGCCUCUAUGAAACUAGAGAUGGAUUCCCGACGCUUUGAAGAAGUCUCAACAGAAGUUUCAUCUUUACAUAAAAGGAAGGGAAGACAAUCCAACUGGAAUCCUCAGCAUCUCCUCAUUUUACAAGCUCAGUUUGCAUCAAGUCUCUUCCUAACAUCAGAGGGGAAAUAUUUGUUAUCAGACCUUGGGCCUCAAGAACGCAUGCAGAUUUCUAAGUUUACUGGACUUUCCAUGACAACCAUCAGCCACUGGUUGGCCAAUGUAAAAUAUCAGCUUCGGAAGACUGGUGGAACAAAAUUUCUGAAAAAUAUGGACAAAGGACACCCUGUGUUUUAUUGCAGUGACUGUGCAUCUCAGUUUCGAACCCCCUCCAGCUACAUAACCCACCUAGAAACCCAUCUUGGGUUUCAAAUGAAAGAUAUGAACAGACUGGCAGUGGAACAGCAAACCAAGGUAGAGAAGGAAAUAUCGAGGGUAGCUGUACAGAGGUCACCUCAGCCGGUGGCUGCAGAAGAAGACACAGACUCUAAGUUUAAGUGUAAAUUGUGUUGUCGGACAUUUGCUAGCAAGCAUGCAGUUAAGCUGCACCUAAGCAAAACACACAGCAAGUCCCCAGAACAUCAUUCACAGUUUGUUACUGAAGUGGAUGAGGAAUAAUUUGUUAAUUCUUCAUUUGUUUUUACCAGACUGUACAUUUUACAGCCCCACAGAACGGUGCAUUUCAUAGAAGUAGUGAACCUAUGAAGAGGUCAGGAUCUGUCAAUGUAUAUACUGGUCUGCUCUGUACCAUUGUUGAGUAGGUCAUCUCCCAUCACAUUUCCCAGGAAGCUGCUGCUAUAUUGUCCUCUUUGGGACUGCAUCACUCCUAAUUUAGCUGCAAACAGACGCGUUGUCCAUAGAUUACAAGAAACCAAAAUGCUUCAUCCCGGCAGAUUAUAUUCUUUAUAACUCAUAGUAAAUUAAAGGGGAAGUAUCACUGAUGGUCAUAUGGAUACCUAAUACCACAAGAAUGCUCAUCACUGGGUUGUUUAGUCUCCAUUUCUUUUUCAAAUAUGAUCACAUUGACCCAGCAUUUUCAUUGUCACUUUAGAUGCUUCUUCGGGGUUAUGUUGGAAGAUAGGGAAAUAUAUAUUUAUUAUUGAAGUUAAAGUGGGAUUAUAUGGAUUUUAAAAAGGGUUCUAGAGGUUUGUGCUCUGACUUCGCAAAUUACCUUUUGUCAAAAUUAGAUUCCUUUGCGGAUCAUGACCCAAGGUAGUCCUGGGAUUGCUUACACAUGCAAAGCCACAUAGCAGAAGAUUUGGAAGUGGUGUGUAAACUAAAAUGUGCAUGAAUUCAGCAGGUCCAUAAAGGGUAACUUUUAUUGCCAUGCUCCCUAAAGAGUAUUUUCACCUCUGAUCACUAUUUAGCAUAUAGAACCCAUCUAUAUAGACUGGGAGUCACCCUAUAAAUACUUUACAUAACUCAUACUGCUCCUGAGUAACAGUCUGUAUUGUCAUUCAGAGCUGUGCUCAAUAUUAUGCAGCUUUACAUCUGAAGUCUAUUAGCACCCCCUGCAUGUUAUAUUGUCCGUACAGCUGUUAGAGGGCAUCUGUCUACAAGCUUGCCCAUUUCCAGCAUCAGCCAGCAGAAUUGUGAGUGCAGCUCUGGAGUCAGUGAAAUGGCAGUGCCAUUCCUUCAUUGAUCAGCUUUAAAGAAUACCUGACAGAACUGCGAUUUUGGGGGAUGAAAUCUAGAACCCCCUGCUUGUUAUGGGUGAUCCCCACCCGUUCUUCAAGUAGGAGGAUGCUUUAGGAACAGCUCAAGUCUGAGUACCAAUCAAUGUUCAGGUUAUAGAUCCUCUAUACCAGUAUUCAUGACCAACAUUUGAACAUGUUCUUCUUUGGCUGGUUGCUAGUCUGGAGAGCAGUUUACCACUGCAGUCUAUGAAGGGCACGGCUGAGCCAGGACUCGACAAGACACCGUCUGUCAGCACCUCAUACUGUUGGUGCCCCAGCUCUUUAUCCUGACCUGAGGGCCAUCUCACAGGGAUGGAUGCGCAAUGCACUUUACAUUGUAUGUCCAUCCUAAAUAUGGCCAUACACAAGUCUAAAGUCGGAGCAAAUGGCCGAUUUCAACCCACUAUCGUUUAACCUCCUUAGCGGUAAUCCCGAGUAUGGCUCGAAGUCACAUUAGACUGCAAGCAGCGGUAACCCCGAGCCACACUCUGAACCACCGUGAGUUAAUUUGAGCGGCGCAGGGAUGGAUGCUGACAGGACACAGCGUGCUAUUCGCAUUUCCGGAGCGCGGCACGAACUUCCGGCCGCAGCUCCGGAAGUUUGUACCGCUCCGGGUACAAAAUAAAAUAUUGUACUGCUAGGGAGGUUAAACAAAAACGAGGGCAAAUUAUCGUUCACAAUGGCAGAUGGAAAAAUUUGAUCGGCCACGCUGAAAAAUGUUGGCUGUUGUCAGAAACUGCAUGACCAGGGGUGCGUUUAUAAAAUAAAUAAAUAAAACGCGUCCUAGUCAGCCAUUUUAGUCUGGCAUGUUGCUGGUGGGAUGAUUCGUGCGAACAAUCCCAUUGAUGACUAAUUGACUGCAGUGCGGCUGGUCAGCUAAAGGCAAUAGGGACCAGGCUAUAUGCAUUAGAAGGGCCCCACGUGGUAACUGCACCAGUCCGAUCAUCCUCCUUUGUGACAGACAUGGAUGUGAGGUUUAAAGCAUCGCAAUAAAUCGAUUUAUCUAUUUGAGCAUAUUGAUCAUUUUCUACUUUUAGAACCAAAUGUAAAUGCAAAGCAAUCCAGAUCUAGCAAGGGCACAGUGGAUCAGCCUAGCAAAGUGUGCUCAAUUGUGGCCCUCAUAGAUCAGCAGUAUGUCUCAUAGGCCAUAAUGUAUGUAUACAGGAGAUAUAUACAGGUGCCAGCUGUAGCUCCUCGGACAGGUCAGGGCUACACAACAACUUCAAUCGGUGCAAUAUUAGUCACACAACAGAUAAAUCGGAAGUUAAUGGGGAGUCAAGGCAGUUGCUCAACUUUCCCCUAUUUUUCACCGAUAAAGUGCGAGUCCACCAGGGAUAAUUGCACAGCACGAUUCCGAAUCACAUCACCAUGCAAAGCAACAACAAAAAAGGUUUAGUCUCGUAGAAAAGAACUGGAGUUACCAUUUUUGGCCACAAGGGGGAGUCUUUACUGGUAAAACUUGUUUAUAGAAAUUAUGUUUUUUUUUUUUUUUUCUUACUUCAGAUAUGAGUGAGACCCCGCUGUCUCCCAAUUAACACUUUAUUCCAUAUUCUCUUAGUUUACGUUCAUUGCUCGGUUGAGGACUGCAAUGGGUCAAAGCCAAUGCUCUUACUGUAUAUAUUGUCAUUUUGCAGAGGGGGAGAAGCACAAACAAGCCGGGAGUUGGGCGAUUAUUUGCCUCAUUUAUGAAGCGUCCGCUCGGAGCCGUUCUGGUUUUGUAUGGGACUGAUUUGCAUCUAUCACUGAUUUGCAUAAUGUAACUUAUAUAAGAUGUUCUAUGAUACGUUGUUUAAGGCAAACACUUAAUCUUAAGUUUGUAAUAUAUAAAGCUGUAACGAUUCAUAUUUAAGCAGGUUAUAAUGAUUAAAAAAAUGAAUAUUACUGUUCAGCUAAUUAAACCGUUAUUUUUUAAU